GUCGACCCCCCCAAUGUUUAAAUUAACAUAAAAACGAAUCUCUUCUGAUAAUUUAUUUUAAUAUACUUGCAGUCCAACAUGCCGACUCCGGAUUACAGCGUGGACUUGGACCUCGGCGAGCCCCCGCCAGAGAUCCAAGACUACGCUCGUCAGCAUUGCGGCGAGGACCCCAAUACUCGACUUCAAGCCAUCUACGAACUAAGGGACAUGAUUUAUGAGCGCGGUGAAUGUACCCCUCACAGGAUGGAUGAUGAAUUCCUGAUUAGAUUCCUUCGUGCUCGAAAUUUCAUACCGCAAAAAGCUCAUAGAUUGCUCGUAAACUACUAUCACUUCAGAGCAGAGAAUCCGGAUUUGUUCGAGAACAUUCACCCUAUGGAUCUUCACGCCAUCGGGGACGCAGAUAUUAUGACGGUACCACCGUACCGCGGACCCGAUGGGCGCAGACUCAUUAUAUAUAAAUUUGGUAAUUGGGACCCAAAGACCAUUUGCGUGGAAGAAUUGUUCAAAGCAACAAUCCUUAGCCUAGAACUGGGUAUGAUGGAGCCGCGUACUCAGAUCCUGGGGGCAAGUGCUCUGGUCGACCUGGAGGAUCUUGGCUCCCAGCAUGUGUGGCAGUGUACGCCGUCUGUGGCAGCCAAAUUACUCAAGAUACUUGUGAAUUGCUACCCAACGAAGAUACACGCGAUCCACAUAAUCAAUCACUCCUGGAUCUUCGACAAAGCUUACAGCGUUUUUAAGCCAUUCUUGAACGACGUCAUGAAAUCGAGGAUCUAUUUCCACGGUAAUGACGUCACAUCGCUUCACAAGCACAUCAACCCGGACUAUUUACCCGAAAGCUAUGGCGGUGUCUGGCCGGAUUACUCCUACACUAUUUGGUUGGAUUCUUUGCGUAAAAACGUGGUCGUCGCCAAGGAAAUGAUAUCAUGUGGUUACAAAUUCCGUGAACAUGAAUUAAACCAAGACGUCCUUGAACAUUUGACUAAGGAAGGCAUUCAAAUAUCCUAAAUAAUAGAGAGUAUG